AGUUUACCUGUAAUAUUAUAUGCCUGUAAUCUAGAUUCUGAAUAAUCAUUUUAGGUGCAUUGCAUUACAUGCACCUUUCAGCUUAAAAGUUUUAAACAAAAUUCAUUAAUAAACAGUACAGUCUUAACAGCUUCGGUUGCUGGACGUUAUGAGUGAUCAGAUUCAACCACAAACUGAUGAUACAAGUCGGAGCUCCAAAACAAAUACACAGGUUGAUCUAUUCCAUUUGAUUGGUGGGAGCUGGCCUCCAGCACCAAGAGAGCCGGAGUGCCCGGAGUAUGGCUCAGUGCCUCGAGCCCGCAGUCGCACUAUGAAUCAUCCAUCACAAAGUGACAGGGUCAAGUCAGUAAACAUCAUCAACCAUAUCGCUCCAGACAAGAGAAGGAAGGCUGCAUCAUCUAACUCUUCCACAUUACAAAGAUCAAAACCUAAGAUGGUGCAUGAACCUAAGAAAGUGGAGACUGGCCUCCUUGUAGAUGUUCACGGCAGCGAAGCCCCCGACGCAGUCUACGACCAGCCAGCGCCGGGCUCGCCCCGCCCCGCGCCCCGCCGCUCGCCCUCACCCCCGCUGCUGCCCGACGACAUCGGCGUGGGGUCCCUGGUAGAGGUCGCCACUGACGUCGACCAGCACUACUAUGGAGUAGUCCGGUGGAUCGGGCUUGUUGAUGACACAGCAACAGCGGGCAUAGAGCUAGAGGAGAGCAUCCCGGGGCUGUCGGACGGGUGCGUGGGCGGCACGCGCGUGUUCUCGUGCGCCGCGGGGCGCGCGCUGUUCGUGCCGCCGGCGCUGUGCCGCCGCGACGCGCGCUUCCGCGACACGCCCGAGCCGCAGUGCGCCCUGGCGGAUAGUGAUGACCCGGAUCAGCCCGACUGCCCCGUGGUCCCGGGCGUGGUGCCUCCUCUCUCGGCACUGGGCGACAUGGCGGGCCGGAGCCGCGGCAUCCAGGGCCACCACAACUCCUGCUACCUCGACGCGACGUUGUUCGCCAUGUUCACUUUUACCAGUGUGUUUGAUAGCCUGUUGUAUCGCCCGCCUGAACCUGAGGUAAACCUUGUAGAAUUGCUGAGCUAUUUGAAAUCCAUUUACGGAGCUGCCCUGCGCGUCCAAUACAAUAAUGCGUUCAGGGUGCUGAUGGGGCUGCCCCGGUUCUGCAGCGCCUCGGGCAUGUUCGCCGCCGCGAGGGUGGACUGCUUCCACGCGACCAUGCGCAAGCGCUGCACGUCGCUGGUGCGCAGGGACUGCGCACAAUACUCCGAGGUGCAGCGAGUGUUACGUGAGGAAGUGGUGAAUCCGUUGAGGAAACACGGCUAUGUGAGGGCAGACAGAGUGAUGAAGCUGCGGACCUUGCUCGAGAGGCUGUCUGAUGUGCCCGGGCUUACUAGUGAGGAGAAGGAUCCAGAAGAGUUCCUGAACGGCCUGGUAGCUCAGAUACUGCGGGCCGAGCCGUUCCUCAAGCUCUCUUCGGGGCAAGAGUCGUACUGCUACCAGCUGUUCGUGGAGAAGGACGAGAGCGUGUCGCUGCCGACCGUGCAACAACUGUUGGAGCAGUCGUUUGCUACUUCGGGAGUUAAACUCAGCGAGGUACCGGCAGCCCUAAUAAUUCAGAUGCCGCGGUUUGGUAAGAACUACAAGCUGUAUCCGCGGCUGCUGCCCUCCCCGCUGCUGGACGUCACUGAUCUCAUUGAGGGAUUGCCCCGCCAGUGCACGGUGUGCGGCGCGCUGGCUCGCUGGGAGUGCGCGGCGUGCGCCGGCCGCUGCGGCGCCGGGCUCGAGAGCACCGCCUUCUGCGCGCCGUGCCUGCGCCUCGCGCACCGCCCGCGCCCGCACCACCAGGCCACGCCGCUCGUCGUGAGCGAGGAGUUAACAACCAUACUAGAAUCAUGCCCCGUGCCGCGAGUAUACAUGGAACUGUUCGCGGUGCUGUGCAUCGAGACCAGCCACUACGUCGCCUUCGUGAAGGCGGGCGCUGGCAACGACGCGCCCUGGUGCUUCUUCGACUCCAUGGCUGAUAGGAAAGGCGAGCGCCACGGCUACAACAUCCCCGAGAUCGUGCCUCUAGAAGAGUCCUCGGUGUGGCUGAGCGAGGAGGGCGCGCGCGCGCUGCACGGCGCCGCGCCGCUCGACCGCCAGUUGCCGCCGCGCGCCAAGCGGUUGCUGUGCGACGCGUACAUGUGUUUGUAUCGCAGCCCCGAUGUCGCCAUGUACCGGUAGAUUGUGUUCUUCAGAUUGUAAAAUAUCAAAAUGGCGGCUGGUAGACUGACGACAUCAAAAAUAUAAAAAGUGAGACGCAGCUCUGUAUUGACAUUGACACCUUUCCGUCGCAUCACCAAGCCAAGGGACCUAAAAAGCAUUCAGCAUGAUUACUUGGUAGUAAGUCUAGAAUAUCCCCGAGAACGUGCCUCUAGAAGAGUCCUCGGUGUGGCUGAGCGAGGAGAACGCGCGCGCGCUGCACGCCGCCGCGCCGCUCGACCGCCAGUUGCCGCCGCGCGCCAAGCGGUUGCUGUGCGACGCGUAUAUGUGUCUGUAUCGUAGCCCCGAUGUCGCUAUGUACCGGUAGAUUGUUUACUUCAGA